UCAGGAAAAAGGACAGAUCACUUUUGAGGACAAAUGGCCAUCAAUGCGUCCUAUAGUUUUAAAGCUAUUAAAGCAAGAGACUGUUACACAAACCGAAUGGCAAGAUCUUUUUGGUGCAGUACAUUCAGUAUGUUUGUGGGAUGAGAGAGGACCGUACAAAUUAAGAGACUCGCUUCAACAAGAUAUUACAAUGUACAUAAAACAAGCCCAAGUUCGCGUUUUAGCUCAACGGGAAGAUCAAGCACUCUUGAAAGCCUAUAUUGCGGAGUGGGGAAAAUUUUUUACCCAAUGCAAUUAUCUGCCUACACCCUUUAGACAGUUAGAAAAUUCUAUUAAUAGUAUAAGUAAAGUCACUAGUUCUAACACAUCCAGUUCACAGAAAAAGAAUAACAAUAACAACAUUGAAGAUAGUUUAGUACGGAAACUAAUGUUGGAUUCAUGGAAUCAAAGUAUCUUUGUGGAUAUCAAGGAGAGAUUACAGGACUCUGCAAUGAAACUUGUACAAGCUGAAAGAAAUGGUGAAUCAUUUGAUUCUCAGCUUGUAAUAGGAGUAAGAGAGUCAUAUGUUAAUUUGUGCUCAAACACCAUAGACAAAUUGCAAAUCUACAGAGAGAAUUUUGAAGCUGCAUAUAUGCAAGCCACAGAAGAAUUUUAUAAAUUGAAAGCAAGUGAACAUUUGCUUGCCAAUGGAGUUCAGUCAUAUAUGAAGUAUGCUGAUCAACGUCUCAAAGAAGAAGAGGCUCGUGCUCACCGAUAUUUGGAGCCAGGAAGUGGUAGUGUAGCUGCAUUAACUCAAUGUUGUGAAAGAGUACUUAUUGGAGAGCAUCUUCCAACACUUUUAGCUGAAAGUGCUACAUUGAUUAAAGCUGGUGAGACAGAAAAGUUGCAACUUAUGUUUCGUUUAUUGGAUAGGGUCCCAGAAGGAGUCGUGCCGAUAUUGAGAGAUUUAGAAGCCCAUAUAGUAUCUGCAGGCUUAGCUGACAUGGUUGCAUCAGCAGAUAUCAUAACAACAGACUCUGAAAAGUAUGUAGAGCGUUUGUUGGAUUUAUUCAGAAAAUUUAGUAUGUUAGUUAAAGAUGCCUUCUUGGAUGAUCCAAGGUUUUUAACUGCCAGGGACAAGGCCUAUAAAUGCGUGGUAAAUGAUACAACUGUUUUUAAACUUGAGUUGCCUUCAUCAACUCUUGCCCGUGGUAGUAAAGGUACAGCUCCUGAAAGCAAGUGCCCUGAACUUCUCGCUAACUAUUGUGAUAUGUUAUUACGAAAAACACCGCUAAGUAAAAGAUUAACUAGUGAACAGAUAGAAAUAAGAUUAAGAGACGUUUUGUUAGUUUUGAAAUAUAUUGAAAAUAAAGAUGUAUUUAUGAGGUAUCAUAAGGUUCAUUUAACAAGAAGAUUGAUAUUAGACUCAAGUGCGGACUCUGAAAAAGAAGAGGAUAUGGUAGAGUGGUUACGUGAAGUAGGUAUGCCUGCAGACUAUGUAAAUAAAUUAGCACGAAUGUUUCAAGAUGUAAAAGUAAGUGAGGAUCUGAAUACACAAUUUAGGGCAGACACAACUCGUCAUGAUGCCAUCAAUAUUAAAAUACUCAAUGCUGGAGCUUGGGCCCGUGGAUCUGAAAGAGUAACAGUAAGUCUGCCACUAGAAUUAGAAGACUAUAUUCCUGAAGUUGAAGAGUUUUAUAAAAAAAAGCAUUCAGGUAGAAAAUUGCAGUGGUAUCAUCACAUGAGCAAUGGCACUAUAACAUUUGCUAAUUCAGUAGGUCGUUUUGACUUGGAUGUUACAACUUUUCAAAUGGCAGUGCUAUUUGCAUGGAAUCAAAGACCUAUGGAAAAAAUAAGUUAUGAAAAUUUGAGAUUAGCAACAGAACUUCCAGACCCUGAACUGAGAAGGACUUUAUGGUCUCUUGUGGCUUUCCCAAAAUUAAAAAGGCAAUUGUUGUGCUAUGAUCCAUUGAUUCAAAAUCCUAAAGACUUUGUCCAGAAUACAAUAUUUUGGGUAAAUCAGGAAUUUGCGCUUAUUAAGAAUGGAAAACCACAACGUAGGGGUAAAAUAAAUUUGAUUGGAAGACUUCAGUUGAGUACAGAGAGAUCUCAAAUAGAAGAUAAUCAUUCCAUUGUGCAGCUAAGAAUAUUGAGGACUCAAGAGGCAAUCAUAAAAAUACUAAAGAUGAGGAAACGCAUUACAAACACAGCACUUCAGAGCGAGCUGGUAGAGAUUCUAAAAAAUAUGUUUCUACCAUCGAAGAAAAUGAUAAAAGAGCAAUUAGAAUGGCUUAUUGAACAUAAAUAUAUGCGUCGCGACGACGAAGAUAUUAACACGUUUAUAUACAUGGCCUAAAGUCAAUAAUGUAAAUGAAUAAAAUCAAUAAAUUAUUUACUCUA